UUUGGAGGGAAAAACUUGUAGAUUCACUGCCACUUUUUUGGCUAGUUUGACUUUAAUCCAUUUUUUGUUGUUGUUGCAGUAAUGAAACUAUAUAUAGUAAGUUUAUUGUUUUAUAAGGCUUCACUUAUCAUUCCACGAAACAUUUACGCCCGACGAAGACGUAACAACCGCUGCUCUUUACCAUCAUGGCGAAAAACUUUUCUUAAUGAUUGUUCCUGGUGUCUCCGUUUAUCUGUUCACUUCCAAACACACGGCGACACGCCCUCAACACGCAGGCCCCCUCACUCUGGAGUUAAUCUUUAAUCUUUUACUGCAUAUAAAUGUCCACUGCACCAAACUGCCCUCUACAUGAAGCAGUGUUGUCAAUAAUCAUCUUUCUCUUUGACUCUCCGAUACUAUGGAUGUCGCUCACAUCUCUCGGAUCAUGGCUAGAUUUCUCAGAGGGCUGUGGAGGCAUAGGGACUACAUCGUGAUAUUCCUGACGCCGCUCCUGCUUCUGCCUCUGCCACUGGUCAUUCCCACUCCACAAGCAAAAUGUGGCUAUGCGAUCAUCCUCAUGGCCCUGUACUGGUGUACAGAGUGCAUCCCUCUGGCCGUGACCGCUCUGCUGCCCGUCAUCCUCUUUCCCAUGAUGGGCAUCAUGGAGGCCAGCGAGGUCUGUGUCCAGUACCUGAAAGACUCCAACAUGCUCUUCAUCGGUGGACUGCUGGUGGCCAUCGCUGUUGAACACUGGAACCUGCACAAGAGGAUCGCCCUGAAAGUUCUGCUCAUUGUUGGGGUGAAGCCCUCUCUUCUAAUGAUCGGCUUCAUGGGCACCACGGCCUUUUUGUCCAUGUGGAUCAGCAACACGGCGUCCACGGCCAUGAUGCUGCCCAUUGCUAACGCGGUGCUGAAGCAGCUGAGUGACACGGAGGCCAAUGCGGAUGAUGCGGUCGAUGGUUUUUCUCCUACGAUGGGCGGUCUUGAAAAUCAGGCCUUCGAGAUUGAAGAGUCCAAGCAAAGCAACGGGAAGGUGCCGAAGAUCAAGGAGAACGGCAUCAGUUUUGAUGGCGAAAACACCAUCAACAUGAAGGAAAUCAGAGAAAAUAAUGAUAACAGUGUGGAUCCCGAUCACCGCGUUGUCCCUGCCAUGCAGGAAUUCCACAGGAGUCCGGCGGCAGAGGACAGGAGGCUCAAGAGGGAGAAGAGGUAUCUGAAGCUGUCCAAAGGCAUGAGUCUGUGCGUGUGUUACGCUGCCAGCAUCGGAGGCACGGCCACUCUCACAGGAACCACACCCAACGUCAUCCUGGUGGGACAGAUGGAUGAGCUCUUUCCGGAGAACGGUGAUAUCGUCAACUUUGCUACUUGGUUUGGCUUUGCUUUCCCCAAUAUGAUUCUGAUGUUGGUUCUGACUUGGUUUUGGCUGCAGUUUGUAUUUUUAGGCUUCAACUUAAAAAAAUCCUUCGGAUGUGGAUCGAAGAGUAACAACGACAUGGAGGCAUACCAGGUAAUCAAAGACGAGUACAAAAAGCUGGGGAAGAUGAGUUUUGCCGAAGGUUGCGUGCUGGUGAACUUCACGCUGCUGGUUCUUCUGUGGUUUACGAGGGAGCCCGGAUUCAUGCCUGGAUGGGCCACCGUGCUCUUCAACAAAGAAAAGACGUAUGUUAGUGACGGCACGGUGGCCAUCUUUAUGUCAACACUCUUCUUCUGCAUCCCUUCCGUUCUGCCCACAUGUGGCAGACGACUAUCAUAUGAUGCUUCCACUAAACCACCUUCACCUCUGCUGACUUGGGAGGUUGUCCAUGAAAAGUUCCCCUGGAACAUUCUCCUACUUCUGGGUGGAGGUUUUGCGUUGGCCCAUGGAAGUGAGGUAUCUGGACUCUCUGGGUGGAUGGGGCAGAUGCUAACACCACUGAAAAACAUCCCUCCCUUUGCCAUCUCCAUCGUGCUGUGUCUGCUGGUGGCCAUGUUCACGGAAUGUUCCAGCAACACUGCCACCACCACACUCUUCCUGCCCAUACUUGCCUCCAUGGCUGCUGCCAUUGAGAUCCAUCCGCUUUACGUCAUGUUCCCCUGCACCAUCGCCGCCUCUCUGGCCUUCAUGCUGCCCGUGGCCACUCCACCAAACGCCAUUGCCUUUUCCUAUGGCAACCUGAAAGUUAUGGACAUGGCCAGGACUGGAUUCAUCUUGAACUUUGUCGGAGUCUUAACCAUCAAUCUCGGCAUCAACACGUGGGGGGUUGCAAUGUUCGACCUGAACAAUUUUCCCGCCUGGGCUAACAGUACAAAAAAACCUUGAAUGUGAAGUAAAUGAUGAAAAAAAAGGGGCAAAAUGAACAAUAUCUGCUUAGUCAUCAGGGUUCCACCUGGGUCAGCGGAUGUCUUCUUCUUUUAUAUAAAAUGCUCAGCUGUAUAUUCCUGUCAGUGUAGCCUGAUGUGCACUCACGGCCUGUCCUUAAAGCCUGAUACAGGUUCACUAAUGCGGCUUUCUGCCUUAAAUUCUUAGCCUCACACUGUGACCCAAAAAACCAGCAGCGAACAAUGGAGCAGCUUUAUUGGUAAUGUUGUGAUGAUAUAAGAUUAUUGUUGUUAUUUUUAUGUUGAAUCAGUUAACCACACAGAUCCUGAAGUUUACCCAAGUUCUUUCAGCCCAAAAUAUCAAUCGACAACUGUAAAGAAAAAUUUUAACGAUUUAGUUUGAUGUGGUGAAUUCACUGCAUCGGUGAUAAAGUGUUACACUAACACGCAUGUGAUAAAAAAAAAGAGUUUAUCUAACAUAAAUAAAGUUUUUCAAAAGCAA